GAACUCAGUGAGCGGGGAACCAACGUAUAUAAAGCCGUCCCUCGGUGAACGAGAGACACUUCGGCUUCGGCAGCACGUGGAACGGCAUCCCGGGCACCUGUUCCUGGCAGCCGCUGAGCAUCCUUCUCUUGCCUCGAAGUACUAUAUCGAAACCAAUAUGGGCUAUUGGGACGAACCAUCCAACAUGGGUGGCAGUGACCUCCAGGCCUCUACGAACCCAUACGGUAACUACACCGUUGUCGACAGGGUUCCCCGAGAGCUCUUGAGUUACAUUCACAACCACUGGUACCAGUACCCUCCCAUGAACCCCCUUUGGUACAGCUUGGUUGGGGUAUUCAUGUUCGUUACAGGCACCCUUGCUGUUUGCGGCAACUUUGUUGUUAUCUGGGUCUUCAUGAACACCAAAUCUCUCAGGACUCCCUCUAAUAUGUUUGUUGUAAGUCUGGCAUUUUCUGAUUUUAUCAUAAUGUCUUUCAUGGUCCCUCCAACUCUGGUAAACUGCUACUAUCAGAUGUGGGCCUUCAGUGGCCUCUUCUGUGAGAUCUAUGCUGCCAUAGGCUCGAUUUGCGGCUGUGCCUCCAUUUGGGCCAUGGUAUUCAUCACUCUUGAUCGUUACAAUGUCAUUGUGAAGGGUAUUUCAGCAAAACCACUGACAAACUCUGGCGCAUUGCUGCGAAUUUUGUAUGUGUGGGGUCACACCUUGAUUUGGUGCAUCCUUCCAUUGUUCGGAUUCAACAGGUAUGUCCCUGAAGGUAACAUGACUGCCUGUGGUACCGACUACCUCAGUGAUGAUCUGUGGGGCCAUCUUUACCUGUAUUUCUAUGCUUUUGAUUGCUAUGUCCUUCCACUCUUCAUCAUCAUUUAUUGCUACACAUUCAUCUUGAAGGCUGUUGCCACUCAUGAGAAACAGAUGCGUGAACAGGCCAAGAAGAUGGGAGUCAAGUCUCUGAGAAAUGACCCAGAAGCCAAAAAGACAUCUAAUGAAUGCCGCCUUGCUAAAGUUGCUCUCAUGACUGUUUCGCUGUGGUUCAUGGCAUGGACUCCUUACUUCGUAAUCAAUAUUGUAGGCAUGAACUACAAGCCUUUGAUUACACCUCUCUUCACCAUUUGGGGUUCAGUUUUCGCUAAGGCCAAUGCUGUGUACAACCCCAUUGUUUAUGCCAUCAGUCAUCCUAAGUACCGAGCUGCUAUGGAGAAGAAACUGCCAUGCCUUUCCUGCCAAACUGAGAGGGAUGAGGACUCUACUGUAUCUGAGACUACCUCAACCAAUGAGAAGUGCUAAGUGCUGUAUGGCUGCCGACCGUAAUCAGAUAUUGACUCUUGACCUUUUGUGAAUUAUCUUCGAAUCGAAAUAUUUCUCCGAAAUUAUUCGAAUAAUUUCUUUGAAUAAAUUACUUGCAUUGU